GUCUCAGCUCAGGGUUCCCACCAGGGCCAGUCACAGCCACCGCCCCCUUCGCAGCCCCAGCCCCAGGCGUCCAUGGGCUCUUCGUCCUUCAGCUCUGAAGAACCACGGCAAGCAAGGGGAACGCCUGGAGUGAGAGAGAGUCCUGAUCACAUGUCUACGUUGAUGGCCAAACUCUGGUUUGACCACAAUGUAGAGUCCUCGCUCUCUUCGCUAAAGAAGGAGGAGCAUGAGAAGCGCACCAAGGACUUGCGCAAGCAGUUGGAGUACAUCGCAGACACCAACUGGAAGUACUUACCUGUAGAGAAGUACAUAGGGCAGCAGUAAUGGGAAGGGGGUUCAACUCAACAACUCUUUGUGCUGUGUUUGAUGUGAUAAUCAAUAAAUGAUAAAUGAUUGGGAAGAAUUUUUCUCAGAAGACAAAUGUGAA